GUUCUCACUGCCUUCGCGAUCCCUAACCAAUGGCGAGGUCAUUUUUUGAUGCCGAAAAGAUGCCAAUUUACUCCCCAGUCCGCUACACUCACUGCGGCAGGGGGAAGCCGCAGCCGCUAUCUUUAGAUGCCUCUGUGCACCACCAGAUGAAGAACAUCACGAAUAGUUACGACUUGACACAAUCGACUCCCCGCUCCAUGAAAGGAUUCGAUCGCCUUUACUUGGACGACAUCGUCGAAAAGAUUGGUGGGAACAUCGACAACAUUUCACCCAGCCCGGCUCAGACGGUCGUGCCUCGCGAUUUCGACGUCGAACAUGAAUGGCACGAAGACGGAAUCGGUGGUUGGAUCGAUCCUAAUACCCAUAGAAGACGCAGUGAGCCACAGAUGAUCGCCUCGCAUGCUUAUACACGUCACGGAACAAGCUUCAGGCCGAGGUAUCGGCACAGCAGUCCUCGUAUCAACUAUGAAUCUGGCUGCGGGAAGAGCCCCAGUCAACAUCCCACAGAUUCUAGAGACGAGCUUUUAUCUCCACGAGAUAAAUUUCGCAAGGAGAGUGAUUCAGUUUCCCUGAGACUCCAUGAUAUCGCCAAUGAUGGAUCACUGCGGCUGGAACAACUCAACAGGAAGGUUUUGCUGGCGAUGGAAACACAGUCGCUGGGUAGACGAAGGAGCAGCGCCGAAAUGUCGUCAGAGUCAAGUCACCGGAGGGACUCCGAACAGGGCAGAUUUAUCGGGGGGCAUGACCAUCCCGUACGCUCGGCAUUGGCAUCGGAGUAUAUUCCGCCUGAUCCGGGAAAGCCACUGUAUCGUCCCUUGACUCGUCCUGAAGCACAAAUACGACUGUUCAACCUGGCGAGAAUUGGAGAGGACGGCAAAAUCAAGGGCUCAUUUGUCUAUGCAGACAUUCAUUCUUGUCCUAAGUACACAGCCUUGUCUUAUGCUUGGGGAGAGACAACCGCAACACGUACAAUCACGAUCGAAGGACAGGAUGAUGUUGAUAUUGGGGAGAAUUUGUGGUGGUUUCUGCAUUGUCGAGGCCUUACUAUGAAGAAAGCUCGGCUAUUUUGGAUCGAUGCCGUCUGUAUCAACCAAGGAGAUGUCCAAGAGCGCAAUCACCAAGUCAGUCUGAUGAAACGAAUCUUUUCAAAGGCGACGAGUGUCUACAUCUGGCUGGGGAAUGCCUUUGACAACAGCCAGGUGGCAAUGGACUUUCUUGGAAACACGGGAAUGAAGCCCCUGAGGCUGCAGGUCCAUGAUCAGCGUCCAAUUUGGGGCAGCCAGGAAGGAAGGGCAAUUCGGGACCUUUUUCAGAGACCGUAUUGGAGUCGUAUGUGGAUCAUCCAGGAAAUCAUUCACGCAAACAGACUCACAGUGUGGUGCGGCCCUCAACGCGUUGAGUGGCCUGUCCUCGACCGACUCUAUCUUACCAUGAAGACACUCGAGGAAGAAAAUCAGUUGAGUAACCACGCGUUCGCCGCAGAGAUCAGGCGGAGCCCGGCAUUCGUUAUGGUCUGGCAAAGGGCCCAUUGGAGGCACCCAGAAACGCCCACUCCCAAGCUCCAGACACUCAUAGAAACUUUCCAGGGAUGGGAAUGCACAGAUAUCAGGGACAAGGUAUACGCGCUUCAGAUAUACCAGGAUGUACUGCGCCAGGGGUCAGCUUGUGAUAAUCGGUUCCGCAAAUUGCUGGCUGGAGUCCUGGGAGUUUCAUCAGAACGUCAACAGUAAAUGGGCAACGCAAAAUCUGUUCCCAUUCGCUGUCACUCGAGCGAACAACUCAUAAUGCAUGUGAACAUGAUUACGAAACUCUAUUUUUCUAUGACUGGGACAAAUGCAUGAAUGAUCAUUUGACACUCUGUUUCGCUGCUGCUCUCACCACAUCUUUAUUAACCGGCGUUGUUGGCUCGCCAAUGCAGCUACCAUCGUCUCCUACAACCAAUAGAAUGUUCUUCAUGGCAUUCAGCUCGAAGUUGAUCCUCGUAUUCAAUGCUCCGCCAGCGAUAUGAGUGGUCAAAGUGACAUUCUCCAUCGAAGCAAGCUCCUUCGAUACCUGAGGCUCCUCAUAGUGAACAUCCAGAGCAGCUGCAGAUACCUUGCCGUCUCUAAGGGCUCUUAUGAGAGCCCUUUCAUUAAUUACUUGCCCUCUUGAAGUAUUGAUGAUUCUCGCGCCCUGCUUCAUCGCGGCAAAUUCCUUGUCUCCAAUCAGAUCCUGCGUGUGAGCGUUAAGUGGCGUGUGCAAGGAGACGCAGUCUGCUACCCCUAACAGUCCAUGGAUCGAAGGAUGGAAAGUUGCACCGAGCUCAUUUUCGACUUCUUGUGGUGCCCUGACUAUGUCGUGGUAGUGAAUCUCCAUCCCGAGGGCUGUUUUGGCCUUGUACGCCAGCUUUCUACUGAUGUUUCCCAGGCCGACAAUUCCAAGCACGUGGCCUCGGGGGUUUGCUGAUAUCGUAGCGAUGAGCUUGUGUGUGGCAUUGAAAACGUCCGGGUCGCACGUCCGCGCUGCAAGUUGCGCCCUGGUGAAGUUCCGGAAGACAGAGAGGAUGAAGUAGAGGCCAGUGUCAGAGACGGCCUCGUCAGAUGCCCCGGCUCCAUUUGCGUACCAAAUCCCUCGGCGGCCCAGUGCCUUCGUAUCUGCCCAGUUGAAACCCGCCCCAGCGGAGGCAAAGAUUCGCAUGGAGGAG